AUGGACGCGGAAUCGGAAGGAAUCCCGCCGGUGGCGACUGGCAGCGGCCAGGCGGUGACCUCCGACACAGACUUUGAUCUCGCGGCCAAGCGAAAAACUUUCAUGUCGCAACCAUCCACGGUGGCCAUCCGUCGGCAGCAGGCGGUUUGUGUCAGGCGAGCGCACAAAAUCUACGGCACCAAAAAGAACCCCAACGUCAUCCUGGAUGGGUUGAACAUGACCGUACCGAAGGGCUCGAUCUACGGACUGCUGGGUGCGUCGGGUUGCGGCAAAACGACGCUUCUUUCGUGCAUCGUCGGUCGGCGGAGGCUUAAUUCGGGUGAAAUCUGGGUUCUGGGCGGUCGUCCUGGAUCACGUGGUUCCGGUGUACCUGGCCCGCGGAUCGGCUACAUGCCCCAGGAGGUGGCCUUGUACGGGGAGUUCACCAUCCGCGAGACGCUCAUCUACUUCGGUUGGAUCUACGGUAUGACCACGGAUCAGGUCGACGAGAAGACGGACUUCCUGUGCAAACUGUUGCAGCUCCCAAAUGCGUCACGUUUCGUGAAGAACCUGUCUGGUGGUCAACAGCGGCGCAUGAGUCUUGCAGCCGCUCUUCUAAACGAACCUGAGCUACUCAUUCUGGACGAACCGACCGUCGGUGUCGAUCCGGUGUUGCGACAGAGCAUCUGGGACCAUCUGGUCGAGAUCACGAAGUCCGGCAACACGACGGUGAUCGUAACAACACACUACAUCGAGGAAACACGCCAGGCACACGUGAUCGGGCUGAUGCGUGGUGGCAAGUUCUUGGCCGAGGAGUCACCCGCGGACCUACUGGCACAGUACCAAGCCGAAUCGCUCGAAGACGUCUUCUUGAAGCUGUCCGUGCUGCAGAACAUGGGCAAACGGCGACGUUCGUCGAUCGCGCAGGAAGUGGUCGAACACGUGCGCAUACCGGCCAUCAGCAACCCGGCUCUGGACCUAUCGCCGGAGGAGGAUCAUGGCGAGAUAUCGGGAGAGUUUGGAGACAACAUCUCGAUGUCGUCCCGCGGCCCAGAUGCGGUCACGCCCGAGAUCCAAGCACCACCACUGCCUCCCGAAGAGGACACCAAAACUCCGCUCAUCGAGUACAUGAAGUUCAUCAAACCGAAUCACAUGAGGGCACUGAUAUGGAAGAACUUCCUGUGGAUGUGGCGUAACGUUGGAGUGAUGGCAUUCAUCAUAGGUCUUCCAGUAGCGCAGAUCAUUCUCUUCUGCUGGGCCAUCGGACACGAUCCCGUUGGGCUGAAACUGGCCGUGGCUAACUACGAACUCGAAGAGGCAGGUUUCGGCUUCCAGGAGUGUCCGGUGUUCCCGGGCUGUAAUUAUUCGCUGCUCAGCUGUCGCUACAUGGAGUUUUUGAAAAACAGGAGCGUUGAAUUGGAGCUUUUUUCCAACGAAAACGACGCCCUGCAGCAGGUCACUCGAGGCAAAGCAUGGGGCGCGCUGGUAUUUGCUUCUAACUACUCCGACUCGCUGGUAGAACGCACGGAACGGGGUCGAGAUGUGGAUGAUUUCACCAUCGACUCUGCGAAUCUGGCUGUCACCAUGGACAUGUCAAAUCAACAAAUAGGCACGCUGCUUUACCGUGACAUCCAGUACGCGUUCUUUGACUUUAUCGAAAACAUCCUGAGCGAUUGUGACGUUAACCCCUCGAACGGUCGCAUCCCUUUCCAGUGGAACAGCCCCGUGUACGGUGAUCGUAAGCCGAACUUUACCGAUUUCGCCGCACCGGGCGUUAUUCUCACCAUCAUAUUCUUCCUUUCCGUCGCGCUAACCUCGGGCGCCAUGUUGAUCGAGCGUAACGAAGGCAUCCUGGAGCGGUGUCUCGUCUCGGGCAUCACCGGAAUCGAGAUUCUCUUCUCGCACGUCACCACACAGUUUCUGGUGAUGUGCUUCCAGACGGCACUCGUCAUGGUGUUUAGCUUCUCCGUGUUCAACCUCACCAACCGGGGCGACAUCGUGUGGGUCAUUCUGCUCACCAUCCUGACCGGGCUUUGCGGCAUGUGCUUCGGUUUCGUGGUGUCGUGCUCCUGUGAUAACGAACGUUCGGCCACGUACAUGGCGAUGGGCAGCUUCUUGCCGAUCGUGAUGCUUUGUGGCAUCAUCUGGCCCAUUGAAGGGAUGCACCCAUUAGUGCGGUUGUUCUCCGUCUUUCUGCCGCUGACCAAAUCCACCGAAUCGCUACGCUCGAUCCUGCAACGCGGCUGGGUCAUCGAGGAUCCGAACGUCUACAUCGGGUUCGCGUCGACUGCCAUCUGGAUCGUGAUCUUCCUUACCAUUAGUAUACUGCUGCUCAAGUUCAAGAAGGGAUAAAUGGCGCGUUGCUACAUUUGUCCCAGUGGACGCGAGCGUUCCCUGGCCACACGUGACCGGGCCUGGGAGGCGGGUGCUUAGUCAGCGGGUUUCUUUGUGUAGGUUAAGAUUUGUUGGACUGGAAUUCAUUACAUUUCAUGGACCUGAGCGUGUGCGGUGCUACCGCUUGGGGCUACAAACGGGCGCUUCUAGGUGAAACCCUGGCCAGCGACACAGGGAGUGUAAUGUCGGCUAGGCAGCCUGUUAUUUAUAGCAUUCUCCAUCGACCGUUCUCCUCACAACGCCCAUUCACUCAUCCGUCUGUUCUGUGUUUUAUCGAGCGGUUUGUUGUGCAUCUAAAUUCAUCUUUUUUCAAGUGCUCGCGGGAGUAGAUGAAUGUUCGCGGGCUAGUUUAGUAUUUUAAGCAGGCGAAAGGAAUUCAA